AUGAGCUACUACGGCAGCUACUACGGAGGCCUGGGCUACGGCCUGGGAGGCUUCGGUGGUCUGGGAUACGGCUGUGGCCAUGGCAGCUUCAACAGACUGGGCUAUGGCUGUGGCUCCAGAGGCUACGGACACGGCCCCUUCUUCGGAGGCUACAGAUACGGCCCCUUCUUCGGAGGCUACGGACAUGGCUGCUUCCGCCCAUCUUGCUCCAAAGGCUUUGGAUUCUCUGGCUUCUACUGA